UGUAGGUUCGAUUUGGCAGAUUGGUAGUGAGUCUUUUUACUUACAUGGGAACAUUAAAGAUUGCAAUUCAAAACAUGUUUAUAAUAAAACAAAUCUGUCUUGAGGUGUUAUAUAUUUUUCUGUUUUUCUUCAGGGCCUAUCGGGUUGGUCUGUUUACUCGUGGCCAAGGCGAUGGGGGCCUCAAAGGUUGUCAUCACUGAUCUGUUCCCAGAACGUCUGACAGUGGCCAAAGAGCUGGGUGCGGACUUCCAGGUGACCGUGAAGAGAGGGGACGAACCCCGGAAGCUCGCCAAGCGUGUGGAGGACAUUCUCGGAGCUCCGCCUCAUAUCACUAUUGAAUGCAGUGGUGUGGAGAGCAGCAUCCAGACUGCCAUCUAUGCAACAGGUUCGGGAGGCGUGGUGGUGCUGGUGGGUCUCGGCUCAGAGAUGGUCACUAUUCCCCUGAUUGAUGCUGCUUUGAGAGAAGUGGACAUUAGAGGAGUUUUCCGCUACUGCAACACCUGGCCGAUGGCUAUAAAGAUGCUGGCAUCAGGUAAAGUGAACGUGAAGCCCCUCGUGACCCACCGCUUUCCUCUGGAGCAGGCAGCCCAGGCCUUUGAGACCACGCGUCAGGGUGUUGGGAUAAAGGUCAUUUUAAAGUGUGACCAGAACGACCAGAACCCCUGAUCUGACCCCAGUGCAGCGAAAACACAUGAGAGCGACUCAGCAUGACGGGCAGACAACUACAAACUGGACAUCGACCCAAAGAGAGAUAAUAGAGGUAGUUUAAAGAAACGUUAAUAACAGCACUGACUUUUGUUUUACCUACAGGUCAGACAUAGAAUCAGCUUUAAAUGGUACGAAUAAUAACCAACAUUUGAAUUUCUUUACAUCGCUGUAAAUUUUAAAUACUGGUACAAAAAAUAAAACUUUUUAAUGAAUGAGUCUUAAA